CUUUGCAGAUGUGAGGGAGAGCAGUUUUGCAAACCUUUCGCCUCCCAACAGCCAGUCUCAACCUUAUUCAGGACUGAGGAGGUGUUAGGGGUGGUGGAGAGAAGGAUUCAUAGUUUUUUAAAAAAACAAAAUGAUUCAGAAUGCACCAUGCAAGACAAUAUGAAUUAAUUCCUCCUCUCUACCCCUCCUGCUAAUCUAUGUGUGUGUGUGAGUGAGUGAGUGAGUGUGUGUAUGUCUGUACGCGUGUCUCUAAAACCGUCCCACUUCAGGCCUGGAUUGCAUGGCAGAGCAGGGGACUAGAUUAGCAGCAACAUUGGAUAGAAGACGCCACACUUCUGGUGUCUGCUUCUUUGUGAUGAAGAUCAAAAGAAACUAGGAGCAGCAGUGGGCCUCUGAACCCUGCCUACCCAUUCGAUACGUUCAUGGCUGAUCUGUUCUGGCCUCGGCUCCUCUUCUGUUGGAUGACAGUGCAGGUGGCAAGGACUAUUCCGGUAUCAGCUGAGGCUCAGCGGUACCUCUGGAAGUACAAGCGACUGCAGACUGUGGAAUCUGGAGCAAAGUACAAACUGCUGGAGGAACUCAGCGGGUCAGGCAGUGUCUGUGGAGGCAGAGCGAUGGUUGAUGUUUUGGGUCGAGACCGUGUAUCAGGACUCUGCAUCAGGACCCUGCAUCGUGCUGCCUGAUCCGGCAAAGUCGAAACUGGAAGCGCCUCUCUCGCACUGAAUGAACCCAAAGGAGGAGAGCGGAGUCCCGUGAGUGCUGGGGACCUGGUGCGAGUGCAUCAUGGAGCAAAACACCUUCUCUCGGAUAAGACUCUGGUGCCCCCGCCCUUUUGGCACCUACCUGCAGAACAAGCAGUGCUGCAUCAGCCUGAAGAAAGCCACCGGAGACGCCAAGGUGAAAGAGAAUGAGCCGGCUUGCUCAGAGAACACUCCACCCGCUCUUCCUGGAGCCGGAGGGGGCAAUGGGCAGGGUGAGGGACAGGGGGAGGAGGGGAGAGUCAUGCUGGACACCUGGUACGUCAUCAAACCGGGUAACACCAAGGAGAAGAUCGCCUUCUUCGUGGCCCACCAGUGCACAGGGGGCGGGAAUAACGGCCGGAGCAACGCGGUCAAGGUGAAGGGCAGCUGGGGGAUGGACGGGACCAAACCCAAGAGGAGGAGGAAGUCGCAUGACCCGGCCAAGGGUUCGAGGGAGCCCUGCCGGCUGCCGGACGGGCCGUGCCCCUGCUCGGAGCCGCUAUGCGAGGCGGAGCUGGUAUCGGUGGCCGAGAUGGUGGCCAGGGUAGAGCAGCGUUCCACCGCUACGCUUCGGACUCCCGGUCCAGCCAGACUGCCCCCGGGACCCUGCGGAGUGGGGGCGGGGUCUGGACCGGAAGCCCAGCCCCCGCCGUCCCCCCCGGGCCGGACCUCCAAGGAAGAGGAGGAGGAGGAGGAGCAGGAGACGGAGGGCGGAGGGGGGGACACCAGCCGGGUGGCAGAGGCCAUCGCCAGGAUCGAGUCGGCCCAGCGGGGAGCCGGCGCAGGAGGAGGGGGGACGAGGCGCAACGGGCUGGCCAAGGGCGAGGGGCAGGGGGCGGUUGCCGGGGACUUCGGCCCCUGCCCCGCUGGGGAGGUCCGCAUCGCCUUCCGGGUGGCGAGCGGAGGGGACGGGCGCUCGGGGUCCGAGGCCCCAGCGGGCAGCAUCUACAUGAGCUGCAACCACUCUGUGUGCGGCGGGGCGGUGGAGAAGAUCACCUGCGACCUCUAUCAGAUAGUCAGCCCCCCCUCGUCCUCCUCCUCCUCCUCCUCCUCGCCCUUGCCCCCCACCACCUCCCCCUCACCCCCGUCCCCCUCCGCCCCCUCCCUGGACCCACCGUCUGCCCCCGGCCCCCUGGCCCGAUCCCGGCCCGACGUGGAGAUGGCAACGCCUCACCCGGCUGAAGAGUCACGGCGGGACACCCCUCUGGGCGCCACCGCUGCCCCCCCUCCUCCUCCCACCUCCUCCCUCUCUACCUCCUCGGAGAAGGCAGCGGUCCGGGACUGCCGCAGCGGCUUCCAUGUGGAGGUGGUGGUCACCGGCGGGGUUGACCAGUGCGUCGUCUUUGGCCGGGACGGGGCACCGGGCAACAAGGAGGACGCGGUGUGCGUGACGGUCAGCCAGGACUCCAAGUGCCCCGCGUGCGAGGAGCCUCCCCCUGGGCAGCUCUUCUUCCUGCACUCCUUGGCCCAGAGCCCCGAGGCCGAGCAGACCAGGGCAGGCGAACCCCAAGAGAGAAAGUCUGGAACCCCCAGGAUCUGCGGCCCGGAAUCUGAGGAGAAGUCCUCCCUGCUGAGCCCCCCGGAGUCAGACAAAGCGGAAGCCCCCCUCUAUUGCCUCUACCGCCAUGUCUCGCACGACUUCCUGGAGAUCCGGUUCAAGAUCCAGCGUCUCCUGGAGCCCCGCCAAUACCUGCUCCUCCUCCCCGACCACGUGACGGUCAAGAUCCUCGGCUACCUCCCCACCCGGGCUCUGGCUGCCCUCAAAUGCGCCUGCCACCACUUCAAGGGGGUGAUCGAAGCCUACGGGAUCCGCGCCGUCGACUCGCGCUGGAACCGGGACCCCCUCUACCGCGACGACCCCUGCAAGCAGUGCAAGAAGCACUACGUGAGGGGUGACGUCUCCCUCUGCCGAUGGCACCCCAAACCUUACCACCAUGACUUGCCUUACGGACGAUCUUACUGGAUGUGCUGCCGCCGGAAAGACAGGGACACUCCUGGCUGCCGCAUCGGACUCCAUGACAAUAACUGGGUGCAGCCCAGUGACACAGCAAAGAGGGAGGAGGGGAGGUAAAAUGAGAAAGUAAAAAGAAACUAAUGGAGGGAACUUUUUUUUGCAAAAAAAAACUUGCCCUCCCUCACCGCUCUGCCCUGUGAUUGAAUCUUCUGGCUUCUUGUGUAUGCUAGAGCUAUUUAAUUUUUGAUCUGUUUGAAAUUGGGAAGGGGUUGUCAAAAGAUAUGAGAAAAACUGUUGGAAGCAUGAUAAAGAUUGUGUGAGUGUGAGUGUGAGAGAGUUUUUUUCUCCCUGUUAUAUAAAGUACAUUACCAUAAUGUAACUUAAUUUCAGUCAAACUGCAGCUGAUUUCACCUCAUCUGCCCACUCUCACCGAAUCUACAAAGGGGUCUCGCCAACCGUCUACUGCCCCAUGCCUUGUUUGCGGCGGAGGGGGGCAUUAGUAGAUUUAUGUGUUCGGAGACAAAACUAGCAGCCGCAUACCCCAUUCCAACCACGGAAGGCAACCCUCCCCUCACCGACUCUCCCUGCCCAAGACAGAAGAUCCUGAGUUGAGUUAGCUUGACGUCUUUUCCAGGUGGGGAGCAGGGAGACGGCAAAUAGGGCUCCGCACACUCAUUUAGCAGCUGGAGUGGAGGGGGUUGCUGGCACUUCGCCAAGGCUCCCCCUCCAUUGUUAGUCGUUCACCACUGAUGAAAGUGCGCAGGAUUGAUGUCCCCUGCGCCACCCCCCACCCUCCCCACCAACUGGCACUCAGUGAGUACAGGCAACUGGAAGUGUACCCCCAACGGGAUGUGAGGGGGGGUAUACUGUGGUGAGGAUGAGGGGAAGUCACAACCAAAAACCAGUACCUGCUCUUUGGCAGCCCACCAAUUAUUGCUGAGGAUUGAUUUAAAAUAAAAUAACAGUCAUCACGAAGUGCAGCCAAGAAGGUGUGUCGGACUCAAACCACAAGGCUCACAAAGCCCACCCAGUUUGACUUCAGCUCAACCAAGGGAUCUAAGAAGUUAGAAAGUUAGUUCGUUCUGAGCCGCUUAUGCUACAAGCUCAGUAGAGUCACCUCAGAGCUUCUAAUCCUAGUUCCAAAAUCCCAUUGAUUUUAAUAAAAGCAAGUUUUGGAAGUGGGUUGGCAUUGACGAUCUAAGACGAACUUUAAUCCCACACCUCACUCACCUUGGUGUUAGACAAUUGAGGAGAAAAUAGACACCACUACUUCUGUCUCAAUGAGUUUCACAGUCCGGGGUGUUGGUUAACAAAACGCGCUCUCUGUCCCCUUCUGACUUGCACAGUGUUAAUGGUUCUGUGAGGGGAAGUGGGGGGAGGGAGGGAGGAGGCGGAGUGGUUAUUGGGGCUGCCCUUUGCGAUUUCACUCCACCAGCCCCUCAGAAGGUGUUACGGAUGAGCCCCCAUCAUCGGCUUAGUCCUUGCCGGAUCAGGGAACAUCUGGCUGUUGGGGCCGGAUGUUGUGACUCUUGGGGCCUUGUGAUCUGAGUGAGGGGGCAUGCCAAGUUUUACCCCACCCUCUGUGGUAAGUAUUAAACCACGGGUGUGCCAGAUUUCAAUACCUCCCAGGAUGUCAGAUAAUGUACCUGUAUACCUCACCAUCAGCAAAAAAAAGUCUCACUGAACCACAUCUGGGCAGCUGGGUGCUAUUGUCCAAACCGAGAUGCACAAAUCCAAGCUGGUUGGUUUAAAAAGCUUUUCUGGUUUAACAGAGUAUCAAAAUGGGCUUGGCUCAGUGUCCUGUUAUUGGGAGGUUUAAAACCCCUCCCAAUUCUUUUUUUUUUGUUUCAUCCGGUAAUAAACUUGUUUCAAACAGUGA